CUGGUCCGUUUCAAUACUUGAUUCCUUUCUUCCUCCCUUUCCUUGGUCAUGGCCAACCCGCCGGCCAAGCGCCAAAAAAUAACUAACCACCACCGGCAGCCACCACUUAUACCCGGUCUUCCUGAUACUAUAGCCCAACUCUGCCUCUCCCAUGUCCAUCCCUCCUUGCUCUACUCCGUUUGCCGCUCAUGGCGGCGAGUACUCUAUUCUUCUUCCUUUCCUCCUUUCUUGUCUCUGUAUACUUUGUUUUCUACGGAACAGUGUUCCUCAAAUUCCAUCCAAUUCUCUAGCUUUGAUCCUAUCUCCUCCAAGUGGGACCCUCUUCCUCCACCGCCUCCAGACCCGCCUCUCCGCCUCCUCCUCCGUCAUCCCUCUUUCUUGUCCCGGAACCUUCCUAUCCAAUCAGUUUCCGUCUCGGGUCAUCUCAUCCUCCUAGCUGCUUCCACCCAUGAUUUUUUGCCCGCUCUUUCAUGCCCUUUAAUCUUCAGUCCGAUUUCCCGCUUUUGGACCUUCGGUCCUCCGCUCGACACUCCACGCCGAUGGUGCGCGGCAGGGGCGUUUCGCGGCGCGGUAUAUGUCGCUAGUGGAAUUGGUUCUCAUUUCUCCACUGAUGUUGCCAGGUCGUUGGAGAAAUGGGACUUGCAAUUGCAACCCAAUAAGACUUUCCACGGAAAUCAUCAGCCAAGAUGGAAGUGGGAGAAGAUGAGACGACUCAAGGACGGGAAAUUCAGCAGAGACGCCAUUGAUGCUAUCUGUUGGAGAGGGAAGCUAUAUAUGGUGAAUGUAAAGGGGGACGCAGCCAAGGAACACAUCGUUUACGAUGUGGAGAAAGAUUUAUGGGAAGAGAUGCCAAAGGGGAUGUUAAUCGGGUGGCGAGGACCGGUGGCGGCCAUGGACGAGGAGGUUAUGUAUGUAGUGGACGAGAGAGAUGGUGUAGUGAGAAAGUAUGACGCAGAGAUGGAUUCAUGGGAGGAUAUAAUGGAAUCAGAGAGGCUUAAAGGGGCAAAGCAAAUGGCCGCCGGAGGUGGUAGAGUGUGCAUUGUUUGCGGCGAUGGAGAGAUUGUGGUGGUGGAUGUAGUGGUGGCGCCCCCGAGGCUGUGGGUGGUGGAGCGGCCUCGGGGAUUCGAAGCGGUAGCAGUUCAUGUGUUGCCCAGGAUGACCCGUUGGGAUAUUUGACUGCUGGCCCCUUAUUUUAUUUUAUUUUAUUUUUAAUCUAUGGUAAGGUGUCAUGGGAUCAAUUUUCAGAUUAUUUUUUCUGCAAACAAUGUUUACUGGCACACCAUACAUAAGAUAGAUAUAUUAAAAAAAUUAAUUUUUU